ACUUGUCUUGUUCGAUGUUCUUAUUGAAUAUCGCUUCUCCGGUGGAACAACGGCGUAAGUGAAAAUGUAAUUGUUCUUCAGAAAACGUAAUUGUUCCCUUGGACAUGUGAUUAAAAACCGGUAUUUUCAACAAUGACGAAACUGUUCUCUAGCGGUCAAUAACAGGUAUUAUACUUAUGUCAUUGUUCCAUUCGAUAAAAUGAAAUGUUAUUGUACUGUUGUCGUACUUAUGUCUAAAAGUCAAAAAUUUGCACUUAUGUCGUUGUUCCACCGGAGAAGCGAUAUGUUAUUUACUUAUUUUGUAAUAAAAAUUGAAAUAUAGAUAAGGGUUAUCUUAGAGUUUUUCUUAUUAUCACGAUUUGAUAGCGAGGACCGCUAUCUUGGUAGGUCUGAGCCAAAUUUUUUAUACGAUUUUUUCGUUGAAAGUACGAUCAUUUUGAAACUCCUAUACGACCAUCUCCUUUUGAAAUACUGGCAACACUAAUGUACUGAAACAGUUCAGAAUAGUUCAAAUGAAUUAUUCGUUCACGAACUUAACAUCUUUACCGACGACUAUAACUGACGUUAAUCUAUGUACACUCGUUCAAUCGUUUUCAGUAAAUACUUAUCUAUGUGUUUUCAGACCGUUGCAGAAUUAGGACCUCUGUAGUCUGGACCCUAGUUUGUCUUCCGUCUAGUGAUAAUCAAGAUAUUGCUUGGUGUCUGAGGUCAAUAGUAGUUGAAAAAUGGCAGAAUGUAUAGAUAGUCUAUCAAACACAAUGGCCUCCUUGUCUGCUAGCAAUGGUAAUACAGAUGUUGGAAAACAUUCGAAAGAACAUGAAUUGGAUAAUAACGUACGGGCUAAGCUACUCCAAAUUGAAAAUUUGUAUGAGAGCAUCUUUUCUUGGGAAGUUAAAAAACUAACUGGUACUAAUCAAAAUCUUAUGUUGAAUCUCAUUGAUAAGAUUCAGGAUAAAUGCAAAAUGAUUGUAGACAAAGAAAAUGUAUUCAAUUCAAAAAGAUUCUAUUUACAACUAAUCAUUUGUUAUGAAUUAUACUUAAAUAAAAGUUAUGAGGAAUCACUGUUGGAAAUCGAGAAUGUUGUUAAAUAUUUGGAGACAUGUAUAUUUGAUGAGUCAAAUGAACAGUAUUCAGAUGCUUACAAUCAUAUAGCUCGGGCUACCAAUGCUUAUAUUGCUAUUACAUUGAAUCAAGAAUCUGAUAAGAUAGUAAAAAAUAUAAAAUUAAUGAAUAAUUUAAAUCGUGCUGAGAAGGCUGCAAUAUGUGCAGUUAAAGCAAAAGUAUUUAUGGAAUAUGCACCAAAGGGAAAUGAAAUUGCUUUAAAAUUUUCUGAGCAAGCACGCAACCUUCAUUCUACAGAACCUGAGUGGAUAAUCAUUUGGUUAAAAGCAAAAGGUCGAGUUAGACGGUAUAAUGAUUCCUUAAAUAAAAUGCCCGAAAAAGAUGAAAUGGAUGCUGCAGAAAUUUUAUUUACAUCAAAAACAAAUUGUCAGCAUUUAAUUUAUGCUUCUAAAAUUUUCACGGAAGUAGCAUUUCAUAAUAAAUUAAACAAAAAAUUUAAUGAAUCUAAUAAAUAUUAUAAGCUUUCAUCAGAUAUUUUAGAAAAAAUAAUUGAGCUAACCAAUGAUAACAUAGAAGUACUUGAGUCUUGUUUACAAAUAUAUGUUAAUAUUCCAAAACAGUUCCAUUCAAAAACUGUAAUUGAUCAGAUUAUUCAAAAACUUACCCAUGUUCAAAAUGGCCAAGUGGAUUUUAUUUUAGGAAAGUAUUAUUUAAAAUAUGAAAAGGAUUAUGAAAAAGCCAAAAUAUUUUUGUCACGCGGAAUGGCUGCUGGUAAUUUUGGAAGUGCAUUGCAGUUAUUAAAAGUUGAUUGCUUAUUGCAACCUGUCAAUGAAUUUCCAAUUGUGAAAACAUUAAAUAUGAUUUAUAAUGUUUUUCCUAGUCCACAAAGAAGGCUUAUUGUUUUAUCACAAAUAUUAAUUUAUUAUUAUUAUAAAAAUAACCCAAAAGAAUUGAUGCAUUAUCUAAAAUUGUAUUUGGAGCAAGACAUUGAUGAUACAUUAAAAAAAAAUUAUUUAAUAACUGCCUACCCAAUGUUUAAAAUAAAUGAAUUAUUCAAAACUAAACAAUUUCUAAAUGCUUUAUCAUUGAGAGUGAAUAAUUUAAUUAGACUUCAUGAUUGGACAAAAGAAGAAAAAGAAAUUGUCAAAGGCACACUUGAUAAUUUUAAUAUAAUGCUAAAGGUUCAAUUGUAUGAAAAUCAACAUGUUGAGGAUAAAAACAAAUAUGACAAAAAAAAUUUAUUUUAUAACAGAAGUAAAAAUUGGCAAAAACAACAAGUAUAUUUAUCUUCAAAAAAUAUCGAUAAAACUAAAAAAAAUUCUGUUUAUAAUAAAGAACCACCAGCUCAUAAAAGUACAGAAAUUAGAAAUAGCUCCAGGUCUCUUCAAUUAGGCAUAUCUGAGAAUGAUUUAAAUUCCAUUGAUCCAAAAAAGUUUGAAAAACAAUAUAGUUCCUCAGAAAACUUACAUGUUGUGUCAAUUAAGAAUGAGUCUACUUUUAAACCAAUUGAUGGUAAAGGUAAUGAUAGAUUUCGACAUAAAAAAAAAUUGACGAUGUCAAAGAAAUAAAUCAUUAACUUAAGGUGGUAAAUUGUUUCAUACCAAUUAAUUAUUUUCAACAUAUUCAAAGAUGUAAAAAUUUAAAUAGCCAAAGUGAAUAUUCAAAACAUAGAA